GUCACCUCCAAACCGGAAGCCGAGCUCUCGCGAACCGGAAGUGCUCCGUCUGUAUGGUGAGAUUCUGACUGGAAAUUUGGACUUGGAGUGGACGCUGCCAGCGGCGGAAUGCAGCGAGAAGAGAAGCAGCUGGAGGCAUGUCUGGAUGCCCUGAUUGUACAGGUUUCUAAUAUUAAGAACUCCUUGGCUGGUUUUAUCUACAAACUUGAAAAUGAAUAUGAUCGUAUGACCUGGCCUUCAGUGCUGGACAGCUUUGCUCUGCUCUCUGGGCAGCUGAACACCCUUAAUAAGGUGUUAAGAAAUGAAAAGACGCCGCUAUUGAAGAAUCAGGUCAUCAUCCCCCUUCUCUUGUCUCCCGAAAGAGAUGAGGAGAUCAUGAGAUUGACAGAAGGCCGAGUGCCAGUCUUCAGUCACGAAGUGGUGCCCGAUCACUUGAGGACCAAACCAGAUCCUGAUGUUGAAGAGCAAGAAAAACAGCUUAGCGCUGAUGCAGCUCGAAUGACCCCAGAGGUGGCACAGAAACAAGUCCAGUGUUUGAACAAGAUGUGCAACAACCUACUGGAGAAAAUUAUCAAGGAAGAGAGGGAGUCAGAAAUGGGAAAUUUACGACAGAAUAAACAAACCUAUAAUCCUGCUGAUACAAAUGCCCUUGUAGCUGCUGUUGCAUUUGGUAAAGGACUCUCGAACCGUCGUCCCCCUGGACCCAGCGGCCCUGUGGCUCCUGGGCAGGCUACUGGAGGAAUGCUUCAAGGGUCUUCCGGCAUGCAGCAGGUUCCCAUGUCCUUGCCCCCUAACCAGCAGCAGCAUAUGGGUGGAGUGCCUAUGGGCCAGGCCAACCAGCCAGGUAAGAUGCCCAGUAAUAUUAAAACCAACAUCAAAUCGGCUUCUAUGCACCCAUACCAGAGAUGAGUUUUUCAAGGGUACAGCAGCUAAACAAAGAAAAGAAACGGGCAAGCACCUUGGUUAUCUAUUAAAUAAUACAAUGAAGAUUACUCACUCUGUGGAACCAACUUUCCUUUAAAAAAAAACAAAAUA